ACAGUGCAUGACCAUCCUUUCACUGCCAGCACCGCUUCCAAACAGGCAGGAAUUGAGUUUUCAUUCUUCUGCAGCCGCAGCUGCUCAGCCAAACACAUGACUUUGGGCACAAGGGAGAAGAUAUGGCUGUUUGUUGCUGUGACAUAUUUGUUUCAGACAGUUGCUUAUUCAGAAGAACUGAGAAGAAUGAAGAGAGUUGUGGAUCCUGAAGCCUUUAUGAGUAUUAAUGAGCUUAUUACUUACAAAGGGUACCCCAGUGAGGAGUAUGAAGUGGUGACAGAAGAUGGUUAUACCAUUACCAUUAACAGAAUCCCUUAUGGUACUCAGAAUCAAGGAAGCACAGCUUCAAGGCCUGUUGUGUUUCUCCAGCAUGGAUUAUUGGGAGAUGCUCGUAACUGGGUCACCAACUUGCCCAACAACAGCUUGGGCUUCCUGCUAGCUGAUGCUGGAUUUGAUGUUUGGAUGGGAAAUAGCAGAGGCAAUCGCUGGUCAAGAAAACACCAGAAGUAUUCCAUUGAUCAAGAUGAAUUCUGGGCUUUCAGUUUUGAUGAGAUGGCAAAGUUUGAUCUUCCAGCAGCAAUAAAUUUCAUUUUGGAGAAAACGGGACAGGAAAAAUUGUACUAUAUUGGCUAUUCUCAAGGUACUACCAUUGCUUUCAUUGCAUUUUCAACAAUGCCAGAGCUGGCUCAAAAAAUCAAACUCUUCUUUGCAUUGGCACCUGUCACUGCUAUUAAGUACGCUAAAGGCCCAGCAACAAAACUCCUCUACCUUCCUGAGAAAAUGCUCAGGGGUAUGCUGGGCAACAGAGAAUUCCUUCCCCAGACUGAGUGUUUAACAAAGAUAAUAGCCCCUGUCUGCAGCUACCAAGCUUUUGCCAGGCUUUGUAGAAGUGUCUUCUUCAAUCUGGGUGGCUGUAACCUGAAAAACAUUGAUGUGAGCCGAAUCAACGUGUAUAUUGCCCAAACCACUGCUGGAACUUCUGUGCAGAACAUAAUCCACUGGAGUCAGGAGGCCCGCUCAGGGAAGUUCCAAGCUUAUGACUGGGGCAGUUCAAAGAAGAACAUGGAAAAAUACCGACAGACUAUUCCUCCUCUCUACAACAUAGAAGAGAUGACUGUACCAACUGCAGUAUGGACUGGGGGACGAGACCUGCUGGCAGAUCCCAAGGAUGCAGCCAUUUUACUGUCCAAAAUCAAGAAGCUUAGCUAUCACAAGAAGAUUCCUGAAUGGGCACACCUGGAUUUCAUCUGGGGACUGGAUGCACCUUUACAUGUAUACAAUGAAAUUAUUGACCUGAUGCAGAAGUAUCCUUAA